GACCUUGAAAGAACACUCACCUACAAGCUCGUUGUCACUUUGUUCUGAGUAUUCAUAUUUUCGCCGGGCACUUCAUUCCACCAAGCAACAUAUUUAUGACCAGAUCGCCGACGUCUAGAGGCGCCUCCUCCUGAGGCAACGACACCGCCUCAAACCAUGGAAGCUCCAGCUGCGACAACCUUCGCCUCCGCGACUACACUGGUCGGAACACAAUUACCGUCUCCCACUGUUACCGGACUUGGAGCCUUCGUGUCUGCGAAUACAAUGAGUAGUCCCAAUUCGCCUCAAAACGGCGAGUGUCAGCUUCUGGGCCCGUUCUCCCUUCUUAUCCAGGCCGCCUUGGGAGGGUUGGCCCUGUUGUCUCUGGUCUACAAGCGCUAUCGCGAAAGACCUCAACGGCCACUGAAGAUAUGGGCGUUUGACGUUUCAAAACAAGUGUUCGGGUCGGUGAUGUUGCAUUUGGCGAAUCUUGUCUUGUCCAUGUUUUCUGCAGGCCAUUUUGAGAUUCGACAGCAGUACCAGCCUAAUCCAUGCUCGUUUUAUCUGCUCAACCUGGGGAUAGAUACAACCUUGGGUAUUCCAAUUCUCUAUCUAGCCCUCCGCAUCAUUAACCGUCUUGCGCACUACACACCGUUAGCACGACCCCCCGAAUCGAUCGAAUCAGGCAACUAUGGACAACCUCCAAGGAUCAUGUGGUGGCUCAAACAAUCGAUUCUUUACUUUAUCGGUCUUCUAUGGAUGAAGCUAUGCGUCUUUGUUUUGAUCCAAGUAUUCCCUGUCAUCGUCAAAAUCGGGGAUUGGGCGCUGCGCUGGACGGAGGGAAAUACGGCUCUUCAGAUUAUUUUCGUGAUGCUUCUGUUCCCGUUGAUUAUGAACGCUAUUCAAUAUUAUAUCGUGGAUACUUUUAUCAAGAGGAAGGUCGUGGCAGAUAUCGACAUGGAACCGUUCGAGGACGAGCAUCGGAACGAACUGUCGAAUGAUAACCGUGAUUCGCAUGGGGCUCUUUUGGAGGCUGGUAGCCAGAGCGAUGAUGAAUCCGACUUGGAAGAUGGAAUUGCUGUUAGAGAUAUAAAGCCAUUGUCUCGUGCUGGAUCCGAUGUUCGUGUCGCGACUACCGAAUAUGACCCCGCGGUGGACUGCAGUGACUUGUUGACUGAAUCAUCUUCCAAAACAAGCAUUCCCAAGGGUCCUUCUCGGUCUUGAUGAUUAUAUUUAUGUGCCUCUAUGGUUAUAUGUAUAUGAUAUGCUACGCUUGAUGUGAUUAUUCCCAAGUCGUUGGCGUUCUUCACUGUCUGUUUAUGAUUCAUGAGACAUACAUACACGAAUGAGCAUGAAACUUAGCACAUACAAUACUUUUGCCUAUAUUUGCAAGUCAUCAUAUGGAAAAAGA